CGGGGUGGUGGGGUAGGAGCGGGCUGCCGGCAGCGUAACCCUCCUCCGGAGCGCGGCGGUGCGUGGGCAAGGUUUGGGGGUUUUUUUAGGGUUGGGGUUUGGGGUUUGGGUGGCUUCCCCACUGCGGGAUGUCACCCUCUUCCCCUCGCCCCCGGUUCGUGGGGCGACGCGCUUUACGCCUCUCUGCCGCCGUGGGAGCCGCGGCAGGGCCCUGGCUCGCCCAAAGCGGGUUCCUUGGUGGUCACCUCUUGGGCUCGGGGUGACUUGGGGAGCCCCGGGCAGGUGCCCAGUCGCUUCUCCCCGUGAGGAUGGAGGGCAGCGGCCCGUCAGGCUGCUCCCCGCCUGGGGUCCCCAACCGGCGCUGAAAUUACCGGCAAAGGGCGAUGGAGGAGAGCUGCCUCGCCGGUGGAAGCCCCUGCUCAGAGCAAGUGCUCUCAUGCACUCUCUCUUUCGUCAGGCGGGUUGGAAAGUCUCCCUUUUAUUAGCUUUUUUUUUAAAAAAGCAGCGGAAUCGCACCUCCUCCUCACACCUCCUGCUGCUGCCGCCACCGACAACAAACAUGGGGGACGGAGCAGUGAGGAUAUCUGCGGGGGAAAGCUGCCAUCCUGGGCUGACCCCUGAGGCUGGGGCUUGGCCGGCGGGGCUGCCCCAUGGCUGGGGGAACCGUGGCUCUCCUCACCUCCUCCUCUUCCUUCAUCUCUAACGAUGCGGGUUGAAGCGGCAUCUGCUCCUCUGCGAAGGUUUUUGAUGAGUUUCACGAAGAUUUUUCCCACGGAAGCGUCCGGCCGGAGCCCGGCACCUGGGGCAGCGAGACCCCGGGGGAGCUGUGCACGUCUGGGAGGGGAGAUGGGCCGGCGCUGGGGCUGGAGGAAAGCUUUUGGCAGCCCUCACGGCAGAGGACACCCAGCUCGUCGCCAGCUCGCUGUCCUUUUCUCAUCGCUCCCUGUCACUGUGUGCCCCGCUCCUGUGGCCUUCCUCGCCACGACGUCGGACCACCCCCGGCCGUGCCUGUCUCUGCCGUGGUGAGGAUGCGCCUGAUGCCGGCAGAGCCUCUCACACCGAUCCCUGUGUGCCCGCAGCCCCUUCCCGAUGCUGGAGCCUCUAAUUGCCAAAAGUGUUUCCUCCAAAGACAGGCCAAAGGCGCCCCAUCCUCUUCCCAGCCACAAAGUUCCCAGGGAAGUUUUGAUUUUUUCAGCGUUUUGUUAAAAAAGAGCUUUCAAAUUAAAAAAAAAAAAAAAAAAAAAAAAAAGCCUAACAAAACAGCGUCUUAACCUGCGCACCAACACUUCACCUCUUCCCAAGACCGGAUCCGUGGCGUGGCUGAGUGGGCUUUGCCGUUGUGGCGGCGUGGGCACUGUGGUUCCCCCUCCGCUCCGGGCUGAUAAGAGCGCGUGGGGAGCGAGCAGGGCUUCCCAGUGCGAUAGCGAGCGCUCGGUACUUAUCUGCCUGCACAAACAUCCUCUGCGGGGGCGAAGAUAACGGGGGAUGCAGCGUGCUGCGGACGCUGGCGUUCGGAGGGGAUGGCCGGGAGAGGAGCUGGAGGGUCACCCGUGGCCGGUGUCUGUGCCGUGAGGGUGGGAGGAUGCUGCAGCGCGCUGGGGGCUGACGCGCGGUGAGCGGGACAACCCCCCCCCCUCCCGCCGCCCCCCAACUUCCCACCGGCGCCCGCCCAUGCUCCCCGCCGGCUGUGGGGGCAGUGCCCCGUGACCAGUGGGCGACUGGCACCCGCCUCGCCGCAGCCGGGACCGCGGCCCCCCCCCUGCCCAGCCGCCCCGCCAUGACGAGCCUCUUCCGUCGGAGCAGCAGCAACGGCAGCUCGCGCGGCGGCUCCUCCGCCCAGGAGCUCAACAACAGCCGCCCCGCCAGGCAGGUCCGCCGGCUGGAAUUCAACCAGGCCAUGGAGGACUUCAAGACCAUGUUCCCCAACAUGGACUACGACAUCAUCGAGUGCGUCUUGAGGGCCAACAACGGCGCUGUGGACGCCACCAUCGACCAGCUCCUGCAGAUGAACCUGGACAGCAGCGGCUGCGAUGACAGCUCGGACUCGGAGGACAGCAUCCCCCCCGAGAUCUUAGAGCGGACCCUGGAGCCCGACAGCUCGGAUGAGGAGCCCCCUCCCGUCUACUCCCCUCCCGCCUACGAGAGCCAGGAGUUUGGCAGCCGGUACCCCCGCGCGCCGCCCACCCCGCCACCCAGGACCGACGUGCCGGGGCCCGGCGGCACCCCAGCGCCCGGGCGCUACAGGAACUGGAACCCGCCGCUCCUGGGCAACCUCCCCGAGGAUUUCCUCCGCAUCCUGCCCCAGCAGACCGCUGGCACACAGGGCUCCCACGGGUGCCGGCAGCCCGUGCCAAGGGGGCUCGCCCCGCGGGGCCAGGGCUCCCUGGAGCAGGAGCGGCGGUGGAAGCAGUACCUGGAGGACGAGCGGAUCGCGCUCUUCCUGCAGAACGAAGAGUUCAUGAAGGAGCUCCAGAGGAACCGGGAUUUCCUCCUCGCCCUGGAGAGAGAUCGAUUGAAAUACGAGUCAAAAAAAUCCAGGUCGACCAGUGCUGCUGUCAGCAACGAGUUUGGUUUCUCCUCCGUAAUAUCAGGUGACGUAGCCCCCUCUGUACCCAGCGAGGCCGGCGGCGCCGUGUCCGACGAUGCCUUAUUCAGAGACAAAUUGAAACACAUGGGAAAAUCCACGCGCAAGAAGCUGUUUGAACUUGCCAGAGCCUUCUCCGAGAAGACGAAGAUGAGGAAAUCGAAAAGAAAACACUUGUUGAAACACCAAGUGCUGGGGACGGCGGCUUCCACGGCGAAUCUUCUCGACGAUGUCGAAGGACAUUCGUGCGAUGAAGACUUCCAAGCGCGGAGGCAGCAGCUCCGGGAGGAGGAGGAGACACCAAAGGAAGGGCAGUAAACGGUGAGAGGCAGGUCCCAGCGCUGGGGUUUAUUGCUGGCACAGAACGUGCACAAGGCUUCACGAGAAGAUGGCUGAAAAAGGAAAAAAAAAAACACCCAACAAAUAACGCAGUUUUUUUGGCUGUUUCCCCUCUGCUGUUGUACUCCUCUGAAGUACAAGUAUUGAAGUGAGGCACAAUGUUUUCUUACCAGCGGUUUGAAAACAACUUCUAUCUAGCAAAUCAGCCAAAAAGAAAAAAAAAAAGAAAAAAAAAAAAAAAGGAAAAAAAAAAAAAAAAAGAGCAGCUGAUGUGAGCUGCUGUGGAGGAGCCAGUGGAGCUCAGACUUGGGAGGAGCAGCGUCCCGCCUGCCCUCUCGGUCCGAGCGGCGUCGCAGGAGGAAUGAAAAUCAGUUGUACUAACGAGGAUGCAUUCACGUGUGGGAUCUGCUUGGCCAGGGCGCUCCGGAACGUAUCUCUGUAGCGAUCUGAUGUAACUUUACUCUGCGCACACAGGAAAAAAAAAACAAACAAACAAACAAACAAACAAAAACACAUGAGAGAGAGAACCUAACAGCUGUUGUCUACUAUUGCUAGGAGUAAUGAGCAGAGAUUCCGAUCAGGUAAUAGUCAAAUAAUAUAAAUUGUUUAUAAAAGGAAAGGCCUUCUUUUCAUAGGCGUUUCACUUUGAAUUAAACCUUUGCCUUCGGCAUUGCUAAAACUG